UUUUUGUUCAACAAAUGGACAAUCUCUUUUGCCCUUUUACUUGCCAAGGCCCCCGUCGUCUCCCCAGCCGUUCCAUCCGCCGCCCGUCUCGCCGUUCCAUUUCGACCGCGCACUGUAACCCCCCACCCGUUCAUUACAAGUGUUAAAAUGCAACACAUCCCAAAACACACGUAAAAAUGCAAGUGCCCUGAUCUCUAUUUUUUACCAACCACUCCUUUAGCAUUUCAGCCUCCAAUCAGAAUGACACACAGUUUCACAUGAAUGAAUGGCAUAGUCAUGUACCUGCAUGGCACAGUCAUAUAUCAAGUGGGAGGGGCGGCAGGCGAUUUUCUCCUUUUAUGGCAGGGGGGAGUUUUAAAGGCUUUUUUCCCACGGGGGGCUUCUUGAAAUUUCCCACCCACCCACCACCUGCUCUCCCCCAAAAAGAGACCGACUUGAGCUGCAUCUUCCCUCCAGGGCAAUCUUCUUCUUGGGAGCAGCCAUUAGCAAAAGUUGCCCAAUCGUCAUGCACAUUGUACAGUAGACAUUCCCUUUAGUUACUUUUAAUCUAGAAUACGUCGCCUAGUCUGUACAUUAUAAUAUCGGGCAACCUAUUCUACGUUUUCUCUCUCUCUGAACCAAGAAACACGAACGACAGCAACUAGAACAAGAAAAAACACACAAAAAAACACAAUGGAAUACUUGUCGCCUGCACCUGUACCUUUCACCGCUUUUGGAGUGCCUCCUCCGCCUGGCUUCCAAUUGCCGUCCUUUUCGCCGCUCCUGUUUUCACCCGCUGCGACGCAACAAGAUCAGUCGACCGUUGAGCAACAACAACAAGAGUUACAGGACAAGCCGCACUCUACUGGUCCGGAACAGAAAGACAUUAUGGGCAAUGAACAAAACCCUCAAAAACAAGUGUCUUUUCGCGAGUUUGUCACGGUGGCCUAUACUUGGGGUGCUGAUGAGUACGACCGAUCCAGUACCGAGGUCGAGCCGCUGACAAAGAACGAUCUCAUUGAGCUGUUGUUGUACCGCGCAGAAAUGCAACAGUACACUCGUGAGCUCCUCAAGUUGAGAAAACAGGCGAUUGAGGCUGAGCGUCGCAAACGUCAACGGGAAAUCGCUGCAUUCCAAGCCUACCAGAGAUGCUCAAUCGCUGCUGCAGCUUCGGCCGCCGCUGCGCAAUUUGCGCAACCUGCGUACGCUCCUGUUUGGGACCAUGCGGCUGCCGUCGCUGCCGCUGCUGCUGCAUCUGCAGCUGGCCCGGCUUACGUACCCCAGCAGCAUUACUAUAUGCAUCAACCCCUGGACAUGGGGUUUGCGCCUUCCAACGCUCCUAAUUAUGGUAGCGUUAUGUAUUACUGAACGAGAUCCCACCGAGCAACAAAACGCCCUACGAUAUCGAUCUCGACUAGAUGUACAGCUUUUUUUUCAAUCUUGGCGGCGGAUACCAGAAACGAUCAAAAUCUUAGACGAACGGUGACAAGAUACACACGAAAAACACCAAAAAAAUAACCUAAACCCGUCCGAGCGCUAUAUCCAUUAAUUACGGCUUUCCUCUCGGCGGAUAAAAUUUGUAGAUAUAGUCUCCCAUGCACACUUUUAUUUUUGUUUUGUUUUUUUUUGUCUUAGUGAAGAUAGUCGGCGUAUAUGAUUUGUAAAUAUGGUUGGGGAUCGAGGAUUGGGGAUGCCGAAGGGGAUAAUUUACUGAACAUUUUGUGAUGGCUAGGGGGUUAUGGGGUGGGGUGUGAUCUGAUGGCUGCUGUUGUGUGUCUUCUGUCUGUCCGGUUAGAUGAUCCAUGUUUUGUGUAUAUUGUAUUUACUGGGUUCUCGGGCAGUGGAGAAGAGUUUUUGUUUUUGAUAGAUCCCUUUUACAAACUGGUAGAUAUAUGGCUGGCAGUGUUGCGACUAUUGGAACCUUGUUUGGAAUGGUUAGUGUUUGUUUGACUGUUUACUUCCUCGUGUGAAAAUGAUAAAAUGAGUUUGGCCUCUUUUGUUUCUCCU